AUGUUUGGGACAGCAGUAUGGGAAAAGAAACUAGCCCUACUACCACGCAACAUAGCGACCGGGCAAGCCGAUACAGUUGAUGAAAAAGGGUUUGCGUCGAUCGGGGAUAGUGUAAGCCCGAUGACACUGUGCGUUCAACAUGCGCAAGCACAGAGGUUGAUCGCGAGAUCCAAAAAUGAGAAUAAUCAAUGUGUUUCCCGUAGGAAACUUUCAGAGAUUAAACUGAAAAGAACAGAUACUACACUUGAUCUAAGCCAAUUGGCAAAGAGAGCUGGAAAAGAAAAAAGAAAAGAGGAAAUGGAGGAGGGAGGAAGAAGAUAUUUAUACCCCCAGGCAGAAGACGCUAGUGGAAAUCUCGCGUAUUUCAACCAACCAUAG